AUGAAGUCCAUCUUACCCGCCAUCGCUCUUGCGGCGGCUGUCGCCGCAGCAAGCCCACAGAUCUUGGCCGAGAUCACCCGCGACCUCCGGCACCGUGCCGUGUACCCCGAAAAGGGUCAGGUCUGCUGCAGAACGGACGGCAAGAACUGCAUAUGCGUUGCGAAUUCUGAUAAGGAUUGUGAUCGGGGAAUUUGCACUAGCUAG